ACCCGAACCCCCAAAACCAUACUUGUGGACUGGACGCUAGCCCAUGGACGGAAAUUAGUCGAUAUAUUAUUAUUAUUAUUAUAUUUUGCCUUGGAAGCAACCCGCCUCAGAAGCCGUGUUCAGUUAAUGCGUGCAACCUGUUCGAGUAAUUGUCUGAAUUAGAAUGAUAAAGACUUCAGUUCUGCAUCUCAAAGCAUUUCAGUUCCCAUCUUGUGAGAUUAGAAGGUUUAGGAAUUUAAAGUGCAAAGCAUCCAAUAUGGAACUCACUCUAACACGUCCCGACGAUUGGCAUCUUCACCUUCGCGACAAUGAACUUCUCGAAGCUGUUGUCCCUCACAGUGCUAGUCAUUUUGGAAGAGCAAUCGUGAUGCCAAAUUUGAAACCCCCCGUUACUACUACUGCUGCUGCUCUGGCUUACCGAGAAUCUAUAUUGAAAGCGCUGCCGCCCAACAGCAACUUUACUCCACUGAUGACCCUUUAUUUGACAGAUUCAACCAGUCCAGAUGAGAUCAAGCUCGCAAGAAGGAGUGGAGUUAUUUAUGCUGUAAAGUUGUAUCCAGCUGGUGCUACCACAAAUUCUCAAGAUGGUGUUACUGAUCUUUUUGGGAAAUGUCUUCCUGUGCUCGAGGAGAUGGUGGAACAAAAUAUGCCUUUGCUGGUUCAUGGGGAGGUGACAGAUCCUAAUGUUGAUGUAUUUGACCGUGAGAAAGUCUUCAUUGAGACCGUCCUGCGGCCCUUAAUCAAAAGGCUUCCACGUCUAAAGGUUGUGAUGGAGCAUAUCACUACAAUGGAUGCUGCCAAGUUUGUUGAGUCCUGUGAUGAUGGGUUUGUGGCAGCAACAGUUACUCCUCAGCAUCUUGUUCUCAAUAGAAAUGCUCUCUUCCAAGGAGGGUUGCAACCACACAGUUACUGUCUUCCAGUACUCAAAAGGGAAACCCAUAGACAAGCAAUUGUUUCAGCAGUGACUAGUGGAAGUAAAAAAUUUUUCCUUGGGACUGAUAGUGCUCCUCAUGAAAGAAAGAAAAAAGAAUGUCCUUGUGGAUGUGCUGGAAUUUAUAAUGCUCCUGUUGCAUUGUCACUGUAUGCCAAGAUUUUCGAAGAGGCUGGUGCGCUUGAUAAGCUAGAGGCAUUUACGAGCUUUAAUGGACCAGACUUCUAUGGACUUCCAAGGAACACAUCACACAUCAAGUUGACCAAGACCUCAUGGAAGGUGCCAGAAGCUUUUUCAUUUUCAUUUGGAGACAUCGUACCAAUGUUUGCAGGAGAAACACUUGAGUGGCAGUCAUCCUGUGUCUGAUUUCAAACUUCACAGCAAGAAACAAUAAUUUAUGGUUUUCUUAUUCCUUAACCUUACUGCAUAAAAUGAUAGGAUACCACUUCUGGAUGUUUAUUCAUUUCUUUCUUCUUCUUUUUCUUUUCUUUUCUUUCCUUUUCCCCCAUGAAAUGCACUUAGCAUAAGGGAAGUAAUUUCCCCCUUUCUUGUUGUUAAGAAAUAAAUGCAACGUCGACAAGGAAAAUUAUGUUCUCA